AUGGGAUUUACAGUGUUAAGAGAAACAAGCAAAGUACACCCACCCCUUCCCCCGUUGCUCCUCUCUUCAACACACCCCUUCCCCCUCUCUGCUCCUCUCUUCAACACACUCUUUCCCCCGCUGCUGCUCCUCUCUACCACACACCCCUUCCCCCGCUGCUCCUCACUUCCACUCACUCCCUCCCCCUCUGCUCCUCACUUCCACUCACCCCUCUCCCUCCUUUCAUCUCUUCCACUCACCCCUCCCCUCUGGUCUUGGUUUGGCACGAGAACCGCGAUUGGCGUUCCAAGCGUCACCCCUGCAGACGAUGACCGGGGAAGCGGAGAGGAGAGUGAAGAGAGUGGGGAGAGCGAGGAGGAGAGACAGGAGAGUGAGGAGGGACAAGGGAGUGAAAAGAUUUCUAAUGAGAAGAGUGAGGGAAGUGAGGAGAGCGAGGAGAGCGAGGAGGGCGAGGAAGAGAGUGAGGAGGGCGAGGAGAGUGAGGAGGGCGAGGAAGAGAGUGAGGAGGGCGAGGAGAGUGAGGAGGGUGAGGAAGAGAGUGAGGAGGGCGAGGGGGAGAGUGAGGGGGGCGAGGGGGAGAGUGAGGAGGGCGAGGAGGAGAGUGAGGGGAACGUGAAAGAGAGUGAGGAGAUUGAGGAGAGUGAGAGGAGUAAGGAGAGACAGGAGGAAAGAAAGAACAAUAACGACGUACCUUCAGCAGUGCCUGACAGAAUCCGGCACGUGUCUGUCUCCUUGCGGGGUGUGGUGAUUCGCGACUGGCCCGGCCGACUGCCAGAAGGAGAAGGGAGAGAAGGUGGUGGGGGGGGGGGGGGGGGGGGGGGGGGGGGGGGGGGGGGGGGGGGGGGAGGGGGAGGGGGGAGAGGGGGGAGGGGAGGAAGGGGGGGUCAAGAGAAAGGGGGGGAGAGGUAG